UAUCUCCCUAUGAUCCGCCUACGAUCGAUCCGAAGUAUCUCACGCAUCCACAUGAUAUUCGAACUCUCGUUGAAGGUAUGAAAUUCUGCAUUUCGCUAUCUCAAACGCCAGCGUUCAAGGCAUUUGAUACAAAAUUGUGGGCAGAACCGAUUCCCGGCUGCGAGCACUAUAGCUCUUGGUCGGACGAAUAUCUUGCAUGCAUGGCUCGCACAAUAACUAGUACAAUUUAUCAUCCUGUGGGAACCUGCAAAAUGGGUCCUGCUUGGGACUCUAAUGCUGUCGUUGAUCCCGAGCUCAGGGUGCAAGGAGUGACGGGUCUCCGAGUGGCCGACGCCUCUAUAAUGCCUGAUAUUGUAUCGGGAAACACGAAUGCACCAGCCAUUAUGAUUGGUGAAAAAGCUGCCGAUCUCGUCAAGCGGACGUGGGGUACCGGGCCUUUACAUAAGAGUAGACAAUGGGGCAGGUGAUGUUUAAUUUUAAAAUACCCAACAGCUUCUUCUGAGUUGUUCUUUUACUGACGAUCGUUGCUGCUUUGGAAGUAUCUAACGUAGUGCAACUAGCCAUGUAAUUUAAUAGGUAGCGGUAUAUUAUAGAGCUAUUUAUAAAGACUCAAACUACAAAUUCCAAGCAAAAAAGGCAUUUUUUUAAUCACAACUGCAAAGAAGUCCCAAAUCCACUGAUGAUGCCUGCAAGGAACAGAUUUUCUUACAGUAUAUUGAAUCGGCAUUAUGAAAUGGAACGAGCUCACAUUACUGCGGUAAAAUAUAAUAAUUACAUAGGCGUUGGUAUUUUCCAUUACGUCACCAUCGUUCGCCUUAGCUUCUACAAGAAUAAGUGGUUUAAAUAGUUGUCGAUUUUCAACUUUUCAUAAUGUUGUAAAUAAGCAUCACUUGCAAAAGAUAUUUUGCCAGCAAGCAGUAACAGUAGAUUCAUAGUUUCUAUUUAAACACUUGUUUACUUAACUAUUGUUGAAGAAGUUCUCUUUGUAAACUGCACCUCUUCAACAAAAAUUAAUAAUUUUUUUUACAACAAAAAGCAAAAAAGUGGCAAUAUCUACAACGCUUAUUUUAAAGAUAAUUUUUUGGUUUCUCAAGGUCAAUCUGUUCUUAAAAUUUGGGAAAAUUGAUGCAUGUGUCGGCAAGACCUAAUUCUCCGAAUUUUACGUCUGUACGUACAAUUAAGCAUUGCCACAUCUAUGCUAAGUAUACUUAACUUACAACUUUGAUCCCAACGAUCUAGUUAGGAAGGAUUUAAUAUUGAAAAGGGCCGAAAAACGGAUCGUUUUGCAGCUUAUAGUCGAAAAUAAAAGAGGUUAGAUGGAGUUCUCUUCGGUUAGAAUCAAACCUAUGCGCCGAGUUACCUGCCAGUACUAGAUUUGAGCCUAGUAUACUGAUGAUAAUUGCAGUUGAUGAGUUUUCUGCAAAUAAGUGGUCAAACGAAAAAGAAAUAUUAUUUCAGUAUUUUCAACAGUAUGAAAUAAGAAAGAAAUUAAUUUUUCUUCAUAUCUAUCACAUUUAACGAAACUUCUGAACAGAAUAGCCCAUUAAUGAAAAUCAAGUGUCGCAAGUGUCAAGUUUAUCAAGUGUCGCAAAUUAGGCACUGGCUCCAACUCCUAGAUUCUCUUGCGUUAGAUCUGUGAAAUUAUGCUUGCUUCAAUGCAGUAGAAAGGUUAGUUGAUUAAUUAAAUCUGCAAACGUUAGUUAACUGGAAACAGUUAUAUAUUAUGGAAACAUUCAUAGCAAUACAUAUCGCAAAUAUAAACCUUUGAGGAACUUUCCAGUUGCUGGCUAAGGUGUGCGUGUAAAUAUGAUGGAGUAAUUAUCGGAGUUCAGACACGCCAACUUAAAUAUUUUAAGCAGUGGUAAGCCUAAUAUAUCGCCGUAAACAACAAUAUAAGCACUAGCUAAUAGUAUAUGGAAUAUGUUUGUAUUCGUUCGAGUGCCAUGUUGAAUCGAAAAAAUAUCAUCGUUAUUUUCAUACGUCUACUUUGAAUGUUUCAAUUACAAAUCUGCACUCAUUUGAUAUAACAAAGUAUCUACUCAGGUGGCAUCAUAGAUUUAUCUACUGAUCUUUUUUAGUAAUAUUAACAAAAUCGUAUAUAAUUUAUGUGGUGAAUCUGGUAGUCGCAUAGCUCUAGACAAAUGUAAAUACAUGCUAGAAAUGAAAAAACGAAGGCACUACAAUGAAGGCGCCUCGCAUGUUCCUUAAUAAUUGGUAGCGCUCGAAGGUACAAUUUAGAAGAAAUUUAGAAGGAAUCGAUAACAUGUGACUCCUGGAUUAAAAUAGAUGUUAUUCAUGUUUAUCAUACCUCUCAUACAUAGGACUCAGCACUACACGAUUUCUAAUAAUCUUAAACUGUGAUUCUAUGAAUCCGCUGAUCUACGAUAAUUUCGCUCUAGUUUUCAUAGACUGAAUUUUGCCUAAAACAAUAACUGCUGACCUUAGAUUAUCAUUAUAUAUUAUCCUUUUCACGCUGUAGUUGCACCAUUAUGUGUGCCACCAUUAUUAUGUGUACACGUUGAUUUUAUCGCUGGAGACAACAUAAUUAAAUUAAAUAGAUAAUUUUGAGUAGAGGCAACAAACAGUUCUAAGAAUACUGUAUCAACUUUUGACUUGUAGUAUACUAAAUCUCUAAAAAUAUUAAUGCUGUGGAUUUAAUGUGUAUUUAGAUGUGUUAGAACACAUCUAAGACCCCUUUUAGCUUGAUGGACACUUAAUAAUUGGGGUUAAGCAUUGUGAAAGGAAUGCUUGCCAAGGUUUAAAAUAGAAUAAUUAAAUUGGAUCCGAAUUCUGUUUAUAGUAGUUAAUCUUAACUCGUAAAAGUAAUUUUGCUAUUUUAGUUCAUUUGAGCCUCAACCACUAUUAUUACCACUGUAGCAUUGACUUGCAAUGAACAAGCAAAUUAUUAUAAUCUUUCUCGGCGUUAAACCGAACGAUUAGAUCAUUGGAUUAGAUAAUUGUAUGAAGUAGACCAUGCAAAAAAUUAAUCGUUUUCAAUUAAACAGGUUUUAAAAUUGAUACUUGUUAUUUAGCAAUGUUACCAUCGUUAUCAAUCGUGAAAACGGCAUACUUGAAAACAUACUUGGGAGUGCGAAAUGCAUCUGUGUAUAUAUAUGACGAAUUUAGAAAAAAUGUGAAAUUUCGUACGGAUAUAUACGGACAGUCUUAACAAGAUUUUACACUGAUUAAGCAAUUCUAGUUCAUUGUUAUUCUAUGGCAGUAGACUGAUUAAGUAUGUAACAUAUUUUUAUUAAAACUAUGCUCCAAAAUUAUAGUAAUAUUAAUGUUAUAGUGAAUUAACAAUGA